AUGGAGGAGGUGUCCGCCGGCGGCGCGGGGUGGAUGACGUGGAGGGCGGCCGCGGCGGGCGUGGCGCUGUGGGUGGCGCUGCACGUGGCGGCGAGGCUGGCGGACGCGCUGUGGUGGCGGCCGCGGCGGCUGGAGGCGCACUUCGCGGCGCAGGGGGUGCGCGGGCCGCCGUACCGAUUCCUGCUCGGCUCGGUGCGGGAGAUGGUGGCGCUCAUGGUGGAGGCCUCCUCCAAGCCCAUGUCGCCUCCCACCUCCCACAACGCGCUCCCGCGGGUCCUCGCCUUCUACCACUACUGGCGCAAGAUCUACGGGCAUAGGUUCUUGAUUUGGUUCGGGCCGACGCCGCGGCUGACGGUGGCGGAGCCGGAGCUGAUCAAGGAGAUCUUCCUGACGCGCGCCGACGCGUUCGACCGCUACGAGGCGCACCCCGUCGUGCGGCAGCUCGAGGGCGACGGCCUCGUCAGCCUCCACGGCGACAAGUGGGCGCUCCACCGCCGCGUCCUCGCCGACGCCUUCUACCCGGACAACCUGAACAGGUUGAUACCGCACGUCGGCAAGUCGUUGGCGGCGCUGGCGGCGAAGUGGGGCGCGAUGGCGGAGGCCGGGGGGAGCGGCGAGGUGGAGGUGGACGUGGCGGAGUGGUUCCAGGCGGUGACGGAGGAGGCCAUCACGCGCGCCACCUUCGGCCGCAGCUACGACGACGGCCGCGUCGUGUUCGCCAUGCAGGGCCAGCUCAUGGCCUUCGCCUCCGAGGCCUUCAGCAAGGUCCUCGUCCCCGGCUACCGGUUCUUGCCGACCAAGAAGAACAGGCUGUCAUGGAGGCUGGACAGGGAGAUACGGCGGAGCCUGACGAGGCUCAUCGGCCGGCGCAGCAACGAGGCCGAGGAGGGCGAGAAGGCCGACGCCGGCAACUUCCGCGACCUGCUCGGCCUUAUGAUCAAUGCCGCCUCCCCGGCCGCCGCCGGCAACAAGCACCCCACGCCGGCGAUCCCCGUCGAGGACAUGGUGGAGGAAUGCAAGACCUUCUUCUUCGCCGGCAAGCAGACGACCACCAACCUCCUCACGUGGGCCACCGUGCUCCUCGCCAUGCACCCGGACUGGCAGGACCGCGCCCGCCGCGAGGUGCUCGACGUCUGCGGCGCCGACGAGCUCCCCUCCAAGGAGCACCUCCCCAAGCUCAAAACUCUUGGAAUGAUCAUCAGCGAGACGCUCCGGCUGUACCCGCCGGCGGUCGCCACCAUCCGCCGCGCCAAGGUCGACGUCCGCCUCUCCGACGGCUGCAUGAUCCCGCGCGAUAUGGAGCUCCUCAUCCCGAUCAUGGCCGUCCACCACGACGCCAGGUACUGGGGCCCCGACGCCGCGCAGUUCAACCCGGCGCGGUUCGCCGGCGGCGCGUCCAGGGCGGCGAAGCACCCCAUGGCGUACAUACCGUUCGGGCUAGGGUCCCGGAUGUGCGUCGGCCAGAACCUGGCGCGCCUCGAGGCCAAGCUCGCCAUGGCCGUCCUCCUCCAGCGCUUCCACUUCAGGCCUUCCCCGAACUACGUGCACGCGCCGACGGUGCUGAUGCUCCUCUAUCCGCAAUACGGAGCGCCGUUGAUCUUCCGUCCACUCUCGCCGCCGCCGCAUCCAUCCGACCAAACAGUAUCACCCGCCGCUACAUAUGCAGUACAGUAGAGGAUCCUACUCUCAUCACACCCAUCAGACCCAACCGACCCAAUAGUAUUACUCGUCGCCGGUGCAUAUGCGGUACACCUCUUAUUCUCAUCGUGUUCAUCCGACCGAAUAGUAGAUGAUCUCGUUGCCAUUGCAUCCAUCCAACCCAACCAACGGUAUCGCCCGCUGCACACGCAGUAUUUCGCGAGAUCAUAGGACAUGUUGAAAAUGACCCAGAUGCCCCCAUCCUUCACCUCCUGUGUAUAGCUCAUGCCAAGUGACACAAAAAGCCAAGAAGCACUAACUUUUUGUCCUAGACUGUGGCUUGGGGCCCCACCCAGGUUGCCAAGAAUACCCUCCUUAACAGACCGGAUCAGACCCAGCCUUUUUAAGAUUUGAUGACACACAGCAAUGUGGGCCCCACCUCUCUGCCCCUCCUUUUCUUUUGUUGCCUUGCCUAUGGCUUCUGGUGUAUGUAAUUGUAUAGAGCUUUUAUUCCAUCUCUCCUAUACAAGAAGAAGAACAAGAAAAUUC